AUGCGUCUCUCCACCUUCGCCCUUGCGGCUUUCCUCCCCGCUGCCGCCUUCGCGGCCCCGAUCAAGAUCGAGUCCGGCGCCGUCAUGCCCCGCGACUCCGCCACUCUCGGCAAGAACAACCACCCCGCCGUUUACCGCAUGCGCAAGCGUGAUAACUGGGGUGGCGACGGUAACGACAACAAGUGCACCCCCAAGGGCCACCGCAAGGCGGACUGGAAGGGCAAGCACGACCCCGCCAGCUCCAACUACGACCCCAACGCGGACAAGUCCAAGCACCGCGGCCACCACGGCGACGGCAAGUCAUGGCACAACCACGAGGGUGGCAAUGAUGGCCAGAACUCGUGGCAGGAGCAGCCCGCCUCUGCCGCCCCCUCGCCUGCCCAGCAGGAUGCUGCUCCCGCUUGGACGGAGGCCGCUGCCGCCCCUGCCUGGACCGAGACCCCGGCGUCGUCUGAGGAGGCUUCGCCCUCUGCGGCGGCCCCCGCCCAGUCCUCCGCCGCUCAGUCGGAGAACGCUUGGAUCGAGGUGCCUUCCUCCACAACUCAGGCGUCGAACGACAACCCGGGCCACGACUUCCACGCUCAGGAGCCCGAGACUACCUCCUCUGCUGCUCCCGAGCCCACCUGGUCUGCCGCCCCCAAGCCUACCUCUACCGCUGCUCCUGAGCCCGAGACUUCCACCUGGGUUGCUCCUGAGCCCGAGACCUCCACAUGGGUCGCUCCUGAGCCCGAGCCUACUUCCGAGCCCGCUCAUGAGCCUACCCCUGAGCCCGAGCAGAACAACAACAACAACGGUGGUGGCGGCGGCGGUAACUGGGACUUCCCUGGUGGAAAGGCUACCCACUGGAACACCGCCGGCGAGGACUACUGGUGCCGCACCGCUCCGGGUGUCGGCAGCAGCCUGACCAACGGCGACUAUGACAUGGUCGUGGCCAUCAGCUGGGAGCUCUGGGGCGGGAACCCCAACCAGCCCCAGAACUACGACAAGUGUGGUCAGUGGGUUGAGCUCCAGUGGAACGACCGCCCUCCCGUCCGCGCCCAGGUCAUCGACGCCUGCAUGUCCUGCAGCGCCGACCACAUCGAUCUCUCCAAGGGCGCCUUCCAGGCUGUUGGUGCUGGUCUUGGCCUCGGCGAGAUCGGCACGCACAACCCUAGCAGCGACUACGAGAAGCCCGACAGCUUCAAGUGGAGGUUCGUCUAA